GUUUUUUUUUAUAGCUAUUUUUACUAAAAGAGUCGGCCUCGAAUUUCACAUGAACGGCCUUCCAAACUUGGUUCUCCCAUUUCAAUAUCAUCGAGAUUUUGUCCCUUCUUUUGGCUUCUAUGGUUAGCAUGACCGUUAAGUUAGUUUAUCAAAUGAAAAUGCUUAAGAUAGCGCCAAAUAAUAGGGUGAGAAGAUCACAAAUGAAAGUCCACUGCGAACACUAUCCCGUGUUUGCCGGCCUUCGUGAGGAGUUUUUUAAGGGAUCAAUUUUUCUUUGAUUCUGUGUUGUUAUAUAAAUUGAAUUCAAAUUCAACAAUUUAGUCAACAAAAAAAUAUUCAACGAUCAAAAUCCAACCCAGUAUCUAAAAUGGCGCAAGCAAAGAACAAGCAAGUAAUUCUGAAACACUAUGUGUCUGGUUUUCCUAAAGAAUCAGACAUGAACAUCAUUGACAGUACCAUAACUCUCAAGCUUCCACAAGCUUCCAAUGAUGUUCUUCUGCUCAAAAAUCUCUACUUGUCUUGUGAUCCUUACAUGAGGAAUCUUAUGAACAGCCCAGAAAACUGUUUCUAUCGUCGUAACUAUAGUCCUCAGUCUCCAAUUGCUGGCUGUGGUGUGUCUAAAGUUGUGGAAUCUGGACACAAAGAUUAUAAGGAAGGUGAUUUAGUGUGGGGGUUUACUAAUUGGGAAGAGUACAGCUUGAUCCCUGCAGCUCAAAUACUUUUCAAAAUUGAACACACAGAUGUUCCUCUUUCGUACUAUACUGGAAUUCUUGGUAUGCCAGGAAUGACCGCUUAUGCUGGUUUCUUUGAAGUAGGCUCUCCGAAAAAAGGAGAGAAUGUUUUUGUUUCAGCUGCUUCUGGUGCAGUUGGUCAACUUGUUGGACAAUUUGCUAAAUUGCAUGGUUGCUAUGUUGUUGGAAGUGCUGGAAGUAAAGAGAAGGUGGAUAUGUUAAAAAAUAAAUUUGGAUACGAUGAAGCCAUUAACUACAAAGAAGAACAUGACCUCAAUGCAGCAUUAAAAAGGUACUUUCCAGAAGGCAUUGACAUUUACUUUGAGAAUGUUGGGGGAAAGACACUUGAUGCUGUACUCUUGAAUAUGAAACUCCAUGGCCGCAUACCUGUGUGUGGAAUGAUCUCACAGUAUAAUCUUACUCAACCUGAAGGUGUCACAAAUUUGGCACAUAUCAUAUAUAAGCGGAUUCGUAUGCAAGGUUUCACCGUAGCUAAUUAUUAUCAUCUAUACACCAAAUUCUUAGAGUUUGUCCUGCCUCAUAUAAGAGAAGGUAGGGUUGUGUAUGUGGAAGACAUAGCUGAGGGUCUUGAGAAAGGUCCUGCAGCCUUGGUUGGCAUCUUUAGCGGUCGCAAUGUUGGUAAACAAGUGGUUGUUGUUGCUCGUGAAUAGAAAGCAUUUGUUUUUCCUAUGUUUUGUUAUGUUGUCAAUUUUUUCAAAUCUUUUCUAGAAAGUUUAGCUGUCUUUAUACCACCUUGGUAGUCAUCUUUUUUCAUAUCUAUGAAUAUAUGAUGAGACUGUGUUCCUGAUAAUCCAGGGAGCUGUGUAAUCUUUUAUGGUGUUAUUGUUAGAGAAUAAAAGCAUUUACUUCCUUUUCUGCA